AUGCCGUCCAUCAGACAACGCCACUCUGUCACAGCCUCCAAGUACCAUGAUGUUUGUGCGUUAAGAACUGCCUCUGUACACCACGGGGUAUCAAGCGACAUCACUACUAACCACCAUGCUUACGACAAACUCCCCGUUACCGUGUCACCCAGUAGCCACCCCAUCGGCUUGCCCUGGCGUCAGCCACCACCUAGACCAUCAGUACCCAAGCCGUAG